GUAACCGCCUCCUCUCCACUUGGAAGGGAGACGGGAGGAAGAGCUUCGCUCGGAUCAAAGACAGCAUAGCCCUGUCGCCGUAGGAUGUACUGAGCGCGUUGCCUGCCUUACUUACGGACGAUUGUAAAAUCUGGAUUACUAUAAAUCGGAUGGUUUUCCAUUGUAACCCGAUGCAGAGAAAUGGGUAAACUUCAUUCGAAACAUGCUGCAAUUUGUAAACCAAGGGAGAGCCCGGAAGGUGACAGUUUCGUAGUUAAUGCCUGUUUAGCAAGAAAAGGGAUCGAUGAUUGGAUCGUUAAACAGAAGUAUUACUGCACGGGCUCAAGACUUGAACAAGACUGUCACCAUAAAAGUACCUGCGGGCUGUCUGGUCGGAAUCCCCUGGAUGAAGCCUGUGCCGAAGGGAUCAGCGAUGAACACUACCGCUUAGAAGUGGCCUUGCCUCCCGAGAAGCGGGCCAGCUGCUGUGUGGAGGGGAAGAUGCAGGAGCGCGAGCUGCAGCCGCCCGCUGGCACCCAGAAGCAGCUCCAGUUUGAGGAACUGGAGUGUGCUGUGUCGGUGGAGGAGGACAACAGACAGGAGUGGACCUUCACCCUCUAUGACUUUGACAACAACGGCAAGGUCACCCGAGAGGACAUCACCAGCCUCCUGCAUACCAUCUACGAGGUGGUGGACGCCUCGGUCAACCAUUCCCCCAACAGCAGCAAGACGCUCCGGGUCAAGCUCUCCGUCGCACCCGACUCUACCCAGAGGUGGAGGAGCUGCACGCAAGGCACCACAGACGCUCCCCACCCGAGACACAAGACAGACAAGUGCAUUGAAGAACCCAAAAGCACAGACAAGAAGUCCCGUGCCCUUCUCAGGCGUCACCAUAGCGACCAUCACAACCAACAGGGCUGUCAGCGCCACUGUGUCGACGAGAACCUGGAACGGCGAAACCACUACCUGGACCUGGCUGGGAUCGAGAACUACACGUCCCGCUUCGGAACAGGUCCGGCGGCGGCGACGACGGAGCCAGCCAAGGCCGAGGCAGCGGCGGCGGCGGCAGCAGCAACAGCGGCGGCAGUGUCGGCGUCGCGGACCGCGAACCAGACGCGGUCGCGCUCCCACGAGCCGGAGAACGGCCACGGGCACGGCCACGGCCACCCUCAUCACCGGCGCUCCCAGGCGCCAGCGCCCGCCGAGGCCCCGAUGCCCACCGCCACCGACGCCCUCUGCUCACGCCCGCCCCGGGGCCACGACUCGUCCGGCAAGCACGGGCUGCGCUCGCCCAAGACCCACGGCCGGACGCCCCCCGCCGCCCAGGUCUCCUCCUCCGGGAGGGUGAUGCGGAGCCGAGGUGCCCCUCCGCCAGCGGCGGCACUGCCCAGCCAGACCCCCCCGCACCAGUCCUCGGGCCCCUACCGCCGCCACAAGCAGCGGGUCAAGGACGGCCAGUCGCAGCCGCAGCAUCAGCACCAGCACCAGCAGCACCAGCAGCAUCAGCCGCAGCAGCAGCAGUACCGGGCGCUGGGGUCCCUGGGGGCCCCGGGCCCCGUGGUGGAGCGGGAGCAGGUGCGCGACCUGCCCAGCGUGGUGCUCUACGAGGGCGGCCUGGCGCAGGUGGUGCAGAGGCACGAGCACCACCACCACCACGAACACCACCACCACUACCACCACUUCUACCAGUCCUGAGUCUCCACACCUAGAACCUCCUCAGGAGGAGGUAUCCCUCCAGACAUCCACUCCCCCCACUCCACCAGCUCCCCACACACCGCCCCAUCCAGGACUGAGAUCGUGGACCUUGGAGAGCGCUGCCUCUGUGUGUGUGAUGGGGAUGGAGAAGUGAAGGAGAGAGAAGUCGGGGCCGACACAGGCCCAGUGGUUUGCGUGAAGGAUGAAGGGGC